AUGUUAUCAUCGAGAAUCAUCAAUUCGAAUGAUGGUGUUGAACAACGUGAGUCAAGAAUGCCUGGUAGCUAUAGAGAAUGGGCAGGACUAGUGCCAAAUGCUGCACCUUCUAUACCUACCAUAUAUCCAUUGAAUCAACAACCUCCUCCUCCUCCUCCUCUAGUACCUGCAGGUAUGGCACGAGAACAGCGAGUCUCUUUUAUACCAGCAAUUCUUCCAACAAGACGACAUCCAUCUAGACCACGAUCAAUGACACCAGAUAUUGUCAUUGAACGACGACGACCACAUCGUCAUCAUCAUCAUCAUCAUCAUAAUCAUCAUCAUGGAUCAUCGAGACGACAUCGAAUACUUAGAAUUCCAUUUGAUGAUCAUCCAACACUUGGUUUACGUGGACCUCCUAAACGAAUACUAGAAAUCGAACGUGUUCCAUGCCAUCGAAAUCGUAAACGUCAUUCAUCAUGUUAUGAAAUUGAAUACGAUGAUCCGCCACCACAACAACCAAACGUCGUAGUCGCCAAUCCAAUGUCUAAUCCAUAUUUUCCAUCAGGAGAUACAUCAUUCAUAACGUCUAACGAUAAUUCUUUUGAUACAUUAGCAUUAAUUUCAAGUCUAACUCCAGAAAUGAUUCAAAAUCUACCGAAACAAACUGUUUAUUUGCCACCAAUACAUAUGCCAGGUAGCCAAGCAGAUGCUAAUACUGUACUCAAUGCCGUUGUUUUCCCUGCUGAAAUAAUCAAUCCGGUUGAUGGAAGUUUAUCGAUUCUAAAGUCGAAUUCUACAACAAAUCCUACUGAAACAGCAGAUAUCCAACCUAUAGUUCCAGUUCCAUCACAAUCACUAUUACCCAAUUUACCACCCAGAGUUCCAUCCGCACCAAUAUCAGGCCCAUUUAUGCAACAAGUUCAGAAUCUUUUCCAACGACUCGUUCUUCCACGAGCUCAAUCAGUAUUUCCACCUUCCAAUAAUCCCAUCAUUCAACCGUUACUGCCUAUCAUGCCACAAUACAAUGCAGCAACUAAUGAAAUUAACAGGCUACAAACUAUUCCUCAAGUUAGCGCGGAAACUGAAGGACCUUAUCCACCAGCAAAUAUUCGACAGAUAAAUCCGCCAAAUAAUGGACCGUAUAAUUCAACAGCAACUUUAACACCAUAUAAUCCUUCUAAUAGUAUGACUUAUCGUCCAGCAAACAUUACACCUUAUCAAUCAUCUAGUACUCUACCAUUCAGUUCAGCAAAUACGCUGCCGUACCAUUCAGCAAACAUAACACCUUAUCAGUCAGUUAUUACUAGAUUCUCUAAUCCAACAAAUAAUACGCCGUAUCGUCCGGCAAAUAUUACUCCCAAUCAGCCAUCCAGUAUUACAUCAUCAAAUCCGACAGGUCUAACAUCUUUACGUCCUACUAAUUUUAUAUCUUCUAAUCCCACAACUGCUACGAGUCCUUAUCGUCCAGCAAACAUAACACCAUACAGUACUAGACCAAAUUUUUUCACGCUUAGUUCUUCAACACGACCUUCUAUUUCAUCUGGCCCAGCUCCUUAUAUAUCAUCGCCAUCUAACGUACCUUCUGAUUCUUUUAAUUCUAAUCCAUUGGGUGUGGAUCGUGCCCCAAGAAAUCUAACAAAUUCAACACAAUCAUCGUCAGACACUCGCAACGAACCGAAUCAAAAAAUGCCAAAAUCAAUCCUACGUAAUCCAAAUUCUAAUACUAUCUCAAAUACUGCUUAUACUCGUUUAAAUCCACGAAGUGUUUCACCGCCGAAUGGCAUUGUUCGUAAGAAGGCAACACUAGUUUGA